AGCUACAGAAAAGAAAAGUGGGAACUCCAACACUGCUGCUUCAACCUGCGGACACACACUGAAUCUGCACUCAGAGACUAAAUGGCUUCUAGAGCAGAGGAGGAUCUCUGCUGUCCUGUCUGUCAGGACAUCUUUAAAGAUCCCGUCAUCCUGUCAUGCAGCCACAGCUUCUGUAAAGACUGUCUGCAGAGCUGGUGGAGACAGAACCAAACACGUGAGUGUCCAGGUUGUAACAGAAGAUCUUCAAAGGGUGAACCACCCUGUAACCUGGUGUUAAAGAACCUGUGUGAGUCCUUCUUACAGGAGAGACUCCAGAGAGCUUCAGAGACUCUCUGCAGUCUGCACUCUGAGAAACUCAGACUCUUUUGUCUGGACCAUCAGCAGCCAGUGUGUCUCGUCUGCAGAGACUCAGAAAACCACAGCGAGCACAGGUUCAGACCCAUCGAUGAAGCUGCACGACGACACAAGAAGGAACUGGAGGAAACUCUGGAGCCUUUAAAGGCAAAGUUAAAAGAUUUAGAAAAAGUUAAAGUAGACUUUAAUCAAGCAGCAGAACACAUUAAGGUCCAGGCCCGACACACAGAGAGACAGAUUAAGGAGCAGUUUCAGAAACUUCACCGGUUUCUAGAAGAGGAAGAGGAGGCCAGGGUGGCUGCACUGAGGGAGGAAGAGGAGCAGAAGAGUCAGAUGAUGAAAAAGAAAAUGGGGGCUCUGAGCAGAGAGAUAGCAGCUCUGUCAAACACAGUCAGAGCCACAGAGGAGCAGCUGAGAGCUGAAGACAUCUCAUUCCUGCACAGCUACAAGGCUGGAGUGGAAAGAGUCCGGCACCAACCCCUGCUGGAGGAUCCACAGCUGCACUCAGGAGCUCUGAUAGACCAGGCCAAACACCUGGGCAACCUGGCCUUCAACAUCUGGAACAAGAUGAAAGACAUGGUCUCCUACACUCCUGUGGUCCUGGAUCCAAACACUGCUGGUCCACGACUCAUCCUGUCUGAAGAUCUGACCAGUGUGAGAAAAGGAGACAAACAGCAGCUUCCUGACAAUCCAGAGAGGUUUGAUUAUGUCUGUUCUUCUGUCUUGGGCUCUGAGGGCUUUAACUCAGGGAUUCACAGCUGGGAUGUUGAGGUUGGAGGCAGUAAACACUGGGAACUGGGUGUGUUAGCCGAGUCUGUCCAGAGGAAGGGACGCAUACGGUCUGGAUUAUGGAGAAUAUGGUUCUAUCCAGGUCGAUACGAAGCACUCUCUCCAUCAAAUCUACCUACUGUUCUCUUAAUGAAGAAGAAGCCCCAGAGGAUCAGAGUGAAUCUGGACUGGAGCGGAGGAAAGCUGUCGUUCUCGGAUCCUGACACUAACACGCACAUACACACUGUCACACACACUUUCACUGACAGAAUGUUUCCGUAUAUUGUCACCGGGGAUGACAUCCCAGUGAAGAUAUCACCAGUGAAAGUCUGUGUGGCAGUGGAACAGAGCAGUUGGAGAUAAAGAGGACGGUUAUAUUUAUAACCUAUUAAACUGCACCUGUCCUCCUGCUUCUCAUUGUUGUGAUGCUGUGUUUAGCUGGGUUUUACUUCUCGCUGCUUCCCAUUUCCUAGGCUCCAGUUUGUUUUGCCUUUUCAUUUUCAUCCAUACUUUGAAAUUAUUGCUCAGUUUUUUUAUUGGUCUGACUUUAUGUGGAGCCAUGAAGACCUAAUAAUACAAAGAAGACAUUGAUCAAUAACUGCUUGUUUGAACAGCUAAUCAUUGUUGAGGUUCAACAAACUUUAGUUUCUAGUUUCCAAACAUGAAAAGUUGUUCAUGUGUCCAAUGUACAUCUGAAGCGGUCCUAUUUAUAUAUGAACCAUGUUCAUGUGGUGAAGCUGAGAUGAUUCUGUUUAAAAUAUUCUGAACUGAAAUGAAUGUAGUCCACUAUGUGGACACCCCAAUUCCAGUUCAUAGAAAUGUUAAUGCUACAGCAUACAGUAUUUUAGACAACAGUGUGUAAACAGCCUCUGUUUGUCGCUGUCAGCUCCAUAAAGAAAUGGCACAGAGCCCAAAGCUCAACUCUGCCACUCGCUGCUGUGGUGAAGUAAUUGUCUGGUCUCGAUUUUGUUUUUACAUCUGAAACUGAUCUCAGAUCUGCUGUAAAGUGGAUGAGUGUGACCGAAGUACUCAGAUCUUUUCAUAAGCAUAAAAAGCAGUACAACAGUGUAGAAAUACACUCAGUUCUGCAUUCAAGCAGCUUAAGUAGUGUAAAACACAAAACACAUAGUGCCAAAAGUAAAAGUACUCAUUUUGCAGAAUGGCCUAUUUCACAGCAUGGACGGUAGAUUAUAUUUAUGGUUCAUAAUUCUUGAACCAUUCACAUGUUGCAGCUGGUAGAGUGGAGCUCAUUUUUAAUUCCUUACAUGCUGCUGCAACUUUCU